UUCAUAAGAGACCGGGAAUCUCGAGGAUUGCCUUCAGUUAAUGCUGUGUCUGCAAACAGCCAAUUCUUGAAGAAAAUUGCAUAAGAUGAUCCUAUUCGUGUGCCUAACAAAACAAAGUUCAUAUAUAAUUAGUGGUGCUUUGUAACGAGCUUCGUGUGGACCUUACACACGAUUAGAUGAGAUUUCAAUGAAUAUUCGUCAGAUCGAGUAUCCAACAACGUGUUUGUAAGUUCGAUUCAUUUUCGAAAGAAAGAAAAAAAGCUAUUGUUAUUUUUUGUGGUAUACAUUAAUCCACUUAAAAAUAUCAACAGAGAUAUACGAGAAAAAAGUAUAAGAGAGAGAGAGAGAAAGAUACAGAGUCCUAAUUAUUCGUACCAGUUUAGAAUAGAAGAAAACGUAGCAGCAAUAGAAAAAAAAGAAAAUGGUGGAAGCUACGACGUUCAUUUCCUGAUAUUUAACUCGUAUUAGACUCGAUGCUGAUGUGAUUUUGAAAAGGGACUCGGAAGGCUUGCCAUCCGGCCUAAAAGAUACAACAGGAAAAAAAAGAUUUAAAAAAAGCUAGAAAAAAAACCGGAAGAAGGUGACAUCGAUCAUGCCUGCCUGUUCGAGCGAGAAUUUUUCUAAAUAUUGGUCCACGAGCUCGCCGAUUUCUAGGAGCAAUAGCGCUUCACCGCUAUUGCCCGGCACACCGUUGUCGACAUCGCCGCCUCUAUCGCCGCCAAUCUCGACUUUAAAGCGUUCAACAUCGAACGUAUCGAAUUCUUCGAACGCGUCGAAUUUGUCUCAAACGUCUAGCAACUCGAGCACGGUGAUACUUUCUUCGAGACAUCAUCACUAUCAUCACUAUCAUCAUCAUCAUCAACAACAGCAACAACAGCAAACGUUACAUCAAGUGAAAAGCAAGGAUCAGAGCCACAAAUCUUCUUUCUUCGCAAGGAUUUUUUAUUGGUAUCUCGGACUGAUACCGAAUUUCUUGAAAGCCAUAUGCAACGUUAUCAUUUACGCUAUCUGGACGCCAACUAUUUGGGUAUCCGUUGUGAUUAACUUGUUCUGGACGAUCAUUCAGCUACCACUUACAAGCUUGAAAUGGUUCCUAACCAUUCUAUAUACUCAAUCCUCGGAAAGAGCACGAAACAAGAGAUGCGUUUUGAUUAGUGGCGGUAGCACGGUUCAGGCCGUUCAUCUAGCACGUAACUUUUACAAGGCUGGUGCUAGAGUGGUCGUUUGCGAAUUGGAUGGGCUAUUUGGAUUGGCUAAAUUUUCUACGGCUUGUUCGAAAUUCUACACGGUGCCACGACCAGGUCCAGGUAGCGCCGCUGAAUAUGUAAAGGCUUUGAAGGAUAUCGUAAAGAAGGAGAAGGCAGCAUAUUACAUACCAGUGAGCAUCACCAGUACCGCUUAUUACGACGCCUUAGCAAAGCCGUACUUGGAGAAUAUGGGAUGUGAAUGUUUCGUGCCGAGUGCGAGUGAAGUGACGGCCCUGGACGAUCCGUUGGAACUCUUACGACGAUGUCGUUCCUUAGGUUUACAAACGCCAGACCAUUUCGUCUUACGAUCAGUUCAAGACGUAUCUCGACUUUACGAGGACAAUACCUUCAGAACGGGAAGGUACGUAAUGCUGGCGGCUGGUCCAGCCGGCAUGAGGGAUAGAGCAAAGAUCGUAUUACCAUCGACGUCGUGGGAAUUUAUGAAUCAACAACACGAGAUCAGCGAAACGAAACCAUGGGUUGUGAUACGUGAUCCAGGCGGCGAUCAUUUUAUCACGUGUACAACCGUUAAGGAGUCACGAAUCGUAGCAAACGUAACGUGCCGAGUCGACGAGUCUCAAGGGCUCAUAUUGGAAAAUCGUACGGACGUAACGCAGUGGUUGGACCGAUUCUUUGCUCGUUCCUUUGCUACGAGAAUCAACGGACACCUGAGCUUUAGGUUAGCUAUAUGCGAAAAUCAAGGACCGUUGGUAUGCAUCGGCUGUCGUAUAGGAGUUAGCCUUCCUUACGUAUGUCAUACCGGGAUACAUCCCCGUUUAGUAUGGCGACCCUGCAGACAUUUUUCCAGAGAAAAUUCGACCGUUCUUAUCAGCAACGAUAGACAACAACAUGAGCAAACAACGGAUGGGACGACGAACGAACGAAGUACGAACAAACGUUCGAUCGGUGAGACUUCUCCUCGUCUCUUGGGCACGGUUAUCGAUAAAAGAGAAGCACUAUUUGUAUACUGGGACCCACUGCCUUACUGUGCCUACUAUCAUCUGCAAUUACCAUUCAGAAGAGUCGCUGGUGCUAUCAGGGCGCAACCUGCUCGACAUAAUCCACCUCUCGCGGUGGUGCAAUGAGGUCAUCAAUUAUCGCGAUACAUUAUCCCAAAUUUUAAUCGGGAUCUAUUGACCUUUGCUAAUUUAAAACUUUUACUCGUAUCAUUCUCUUUUCUCUCUCUCUCUCUCUCUUUUUCUCUCUUUCUAUCGGUCUUUUCUCUCUAUAUCUCUUGCUCCAAUGUCAAAGGAAUCAGAAAACGUAAACUGAAAACAGAUUCACAAGGGUCAAGUUCGCAUCUCUAAUCGUUAUAAAAAUAUACAUUUUCUUUCGCUUGCGAGCGUUCUCAAAUUUGUCUUGGUGUACGUGUCAUAGUGCAGAUGGAUGAAAAUGAUGCACGUACGGUUCACGCGUUAUCAUCAUUAAUGCAACAUACACAUAUACAAGGCUUCCGUUACGAUUGAUACGUUCCUAUCUUCGUAGACUGAUACGAUAACAAUCCCAAAGUAUAUAUAUAUAUAUAUAUAUAUAUAUAUAUAUAUAUAUAUAUAUAUAUGUAGGAAUAUAGUAGCGUUUGAAAAUAUUCCCCAUGCCUUUCCCCCAUGCGUUUCCUAUGUAAAACAUUAAAAUAUCAUGGUUAUUUUUUUUUGUUCAUCAUUUAUUCUUGUAAAUAGUAGGAUGUAACAGAUUUAGCAUAGACAUAGAAAAUAGAACAAAAAAUGUUAGGCGCGUGUCUUUCUUUUUCUUCCUUCUUUUUCUUUCUUUUUUUAUUUUUUUUUUUUAUCGAUCCCUACCAAACAUUAUAUUUUCUUUGAAAGAGUAUAUACGUUUCGUUAUUGCGAAAGCUAUCGAUUUUAAAGUGGCAUCGUAUAUUUCUUUUUUUUUUUCCGAUAAUUAAAAAUCAUAGAGAUGAACACAGAGCCGACUAAUCUCUAUUUAUAAGCCGAAUGAUAAUCUCAUUAAUAGUAUUUUAUAUUUAAGCAAUAAUGGAUGAUAAGAAAUUUAUGUAAAAACGACCUUGAUAAUGAUGAUGAUGAUGAUGAUGAUGAUGAUGAUGAUGAUGAUGAUGAUGUCGUUGUUCAAUAACCGGCCAAAUAAAAUCGAUAAGUAAUAUACGAACAAAUGGAAUCGUGCCUAAUUACACUCCUACUUAUUAUAUUAUUUAUAUAUAUAUAUAUAUAAAUAUAAAUAUAAAUAUAUAUAAUAUAAUACACACAUACACAUUUACACAUGAAUAUAUUCACUAAUUAUAUAAAUAAGCAAUGCGAUAAAAUGCAAAAUUAAUUUAAAUUGAGUAUAACGAUUUCUACUUAUCAUGGAAACGUUCAACUACUCAUGGAAACAACUUAUGGAAGAAACCUUCGAAAUUGUUACGAGACACUUACACUUAUAUAUUAUAUUAAUUCGUUCAAUUUUAUCAUGGCUGUUUGUAUUACACCAAUAGGCAUGUACAAACUUGGUUUGUUGGAUGUUGCUCGGUUUGGAUUAAUCUCUAUACAUAUAUUUGCGACGCUGUAAAUAAUGUCUGUUAUGGAUGGAAGGAUGACCCAUGGGGCAACCCUGACGGACUUUGACAGCCUGGGGUCGACAGUUCGAAAGAUGUUCCAUGUCAGUAUUAUCAUCCUCUACAAUCCCUCUCUUUCUCUCUCUCUUCCUUUUUUCUUCUCUUUUUUCGUCUCUCUUUUUCUUUCUCUUUCUGUCUUUCUGUUCUCUCGUGAUCCAUUCGAUAGACAUUGAGAUUUGUCCGGUGUUAACCGAUAAUUGAUAUAUAAUAAUCGAUCCAACUCUUUGUCAAUGACAUUGACAAAAAUGACAAAAAUUAUUAUUAUCAAUAAUAUGUUAUUGCAAUUUGGAUAUAUAGGGAUCAUUUACGUGACUUCGUUUAAUCGUAACUUCUUUUUAGAUCUUCGAACUAUAAGAUUAUACACGUGCGCGCAUACACACAUACACAGACAUAUACACAAACAUACACACUCCUGAAUACAUUUAUAACUUUAUCCCUUUUCUUGAAUUGAUAAUAAAAAAGUAUAAAAACUAUGAAUGAAGGUUCUUAGGAAGUUUUAGACAAAACGAUUAUAUAGUAUCUUUCUCCCUCUCUCUCUCUUUCUCUCUCUCUCUCUCUAACACUGUUUUAUCAUGCGAUAAUAUUGAAAUGUAGUACCUUGGCGACGGCGAAGAAAUAAAUCGAUGUAUAUGCCUU